AUGCCGGACUCGGACAACGACUCCGGCGGGCCGAGCAACGCGGGCGGCGAGCUGUCGUCGCCGCGGGAGCAGGACCGGUUCCUGCCGAUCGCCAACGUGAGCCGGAUCAUGAAGAAGGCGCUGCCGGCCAACGCCAAGAUCAGCAAGGACGCCAAGGAGACGGUGCAAGAGUGCGUCUCCGAGUUCAUCUCCUUCAUCACGGGGGAGGCCUCCGACAAGUGCCAGCGCGAGAAGCGCAAGACCAUCAACGGCGACGACCUGCUCUGGGCCAUGACCACGCUCGGCUUCGAGGACUACGUCGAGCCGCUCAAGCACUACCUCCACAAGUUCCGCGAGAUCGAGGGCGAGAGGGCCGCCGCGUCCGCCGGCGCCUCAGGCUCCGCCGCCCCGCAGCAGCACCAGCAGCAGCAGCAGGGCGAGGUGCCCAGAGGCGCCGCCAAUGCCGGUGGGUACGCCGGGUACGGCGCGCCCGGCGCCGCCGGCAUGAUGAUGAUGAUGGGGCAGCCCAUGUACGGCUCGCCGCAACAGCAGCAGCAGCCACCGCCGCCGCCGCCACAGCAGCAGCAACAUCAGCAGCAUCACAUGGCAAUGGGAGGCAGAGGGGUUUCGGCCAUCAAGGCGGUGGCACUGGCGGUGGCUCCUCGUCGUCGUCAGGGCUUGGCCGGCAAGACAGGGCGUGAGUUGCGAUGA